AUGGCUGCCAACACACUUCUAAAGGCUCUCUACACCGCUCCGGAUACCACCAAGUCGUUUCACUUCACAAUUCCGACUGCUUCAUCUCAAGACCCCGCCGCAAAAGCAACCCACUUAUCAGCAUUACGAAGUGAAACACCGAAGCUUCAGGAGGAAAUUAAUGUCUACUUGACUGCCCGAAUGGAAGAAGACAAGAAAUCCCAGGGACAACUCUCAGAGAAGGAGGCUAAGGAGGAGGAAAAUUACGGCGAAGAAGUAGUUGAAGAUGAUGCGUGA